AUGAUACAAUCUCCAGGCCAAUCAGUUGGUGUGACGACCUUCUUGACCGUGCUGGCCUUGCUAGCUAUCGUGCUGCGUUUCUGUGCCAGGCGUUUGAAGAAGGUGGGGCUUGGCUGGGAUGAUUACACAAUUGUGUUAGCCAUGCUUUUCACCAUCGCUUCCGCUGUAUGCAUUUAUGUUGGAGCUGUAGACGGAGACCUUGCAAGACACGUGGAACUGGACGCACAAGGCAACGCAGUCUGGACUCAUCGCGACGUAGUGUUCUUGGAAAUCAACUUUGCGCAGCAGCUGAGUACCACGUUGACUUUCGGCCUGACGAAAUUAUCGGUGCUGCUGUUCUACAAACGAGUCUUUCGAGGCGAUACCUUCAAUACGGCGGUGUGGACAAUGAUCAGUAUGAUUGGAGUCUGGUCCGUUGCCUUCUUCUUUGCGAACUUACUUCAAUGCUAUCCAAUAUGGUAUAAUUGGGAGGCCUCCGGAGCCCAGGCUAAUUCAUGCAUUCAAACGAACACGAUGUACCUAGCACAGGCGUGGACGGACGUGCUCACUGAUAUAAUCAUUCUUUCACUGCCGAUCCCUUGCAUCUGGGCACUCCAAAUGCCGGCAAGGCACAAAAUCGGUGUCACCGCUAUCUUCCUUCUUGGGCUUCUGACGGUGCUUUCCGGGAUUGCAAAGCUCAUUGUCUUCUACCACAUCAUAGCCUUGGCCGACGGAGGAGACUUCGACAUAACAUGGUACGAGACACCAGCUGUGGUUUGGACGUUUGUGGAGUCGGCUCUUGGUAUUGUGGGCGCAUGCUUGCCUCUAUUGCGACCACUUUUCACAGGAACGUCCACGAGAGGCUUCAUGCGAAAUCUGCGCAGCGUUGCCAUCCGAACCAUCACUGGUGCCGAGGAACCAAAAUCACCGGAAGGCUCCACGACCGCAGUGGGAAGUGGCUCCGGUUCGUCGGGUAAGAAGUCAGGAAAAACAGCCGUGGAGAGUGGCUCGAAUUCAUUGGGGGUGCAAUCUGGUUCAGAGAAUACAGACACCUUGAAGUCCUGGGAUGAAAAGGAUUACGAUUAUAACUCUCACUGCGCUCUGAACACUCACGGGCAUUUGGACCAGAAGAAGGUGACGGCAGACAAGAUUGGUAGCUCUGUUGACAUCGGCGAGAGAGGUAGCUCGGGGGAGCGUCAUGGAGAUGAGAAUGUGUGA